CCAUGAUUAAAACACGAUUUGCAUCUGCCUUCCUACGCUCACAUAACGCGCUCUACCCCAAGCGUUUUGGCCAUACAACCUUGCGAUACUGCGUUUCCAGCUCUGCCCAUAGACAAAAUGAACCGCAACAAACGAUCGCGUUACCCCCUGCCAAAAAACUCAUCAUACUGACCUGCAUGGACGCUCGAAUCAAUCCCUUCAAACAGCUCGAUAUAAAAGAAGGAGAUGCACAUAUCAUUCGUAAUGCAGGAGGGAUGGCGCGCGACGCCCUUCGGAGCAUUAUCAUUUCCCAACGUCUUCUCGGCACACGUGAAAUCGCCGUCUACCACCACACAGGUUGCGGUAUGGUGCAAUUCACGACACCAGACCUUCGACAGCUCGUGAAGAACUCGGAUCCUUCUAAUAUUGAAGCGGCAAAAGAGAUAGACAAAAUAGACUUUCUCGAAUUUAACGACCUGGAAGAAUCCGUGAAGAACGAUGUAGAGUUUUUGAGAACGAACCCACUUGUGUUGAAGGGCACCAAGGUUACUGGAUGGGUACAUUAUGUGGAGACCGGAGAGGCCACACGCGUCAUAUAAUCAAUACUUUGUAACUCUUAUCAGACAUGUUCCUCAAAACGAAACCAACAUCUUGCUC